GCUUGUUGCCAUGGUUUCACUUGGUGUUCGCUCCCGAGCAAAGGUUGGGAAUCUGGAGCUGGCACUUUCCCUCCUCGGUGGGACGGCGUCAGUCAGGAGCACCUCAGCAUUCCCGGGAUUCCCAACCACCUGAAAGUUACAAUGCAGUUGCUGACAAUGCUGUGCCUUGUGGCCUGUCAGCUGGCUCCAGUGUUCACUCAAGAGGCUCUGACUGAUUCAGAGUCUGAAGGAGAUAUUGAAACUGUUUACCAGCCCCCGAGAGCUGCCGGGCCUGUGCACUUUACAGCUUCCUUCGACGUCGACGGUUUGGAAAGCUGGGUAAAGUCUAAUGUAAAAAAGGAAGACACUGAGGAAGAUGUCAACAAAUACGAUGGAACGUGGGAUGUGGAAGAACCUCGUGACAGGGCAGUCCCCGGGAACAAGGGGCUGGUGCUCAAAUCCCGUGCCCAACACUACGCCAUCUCUGCCCCGUUGUUCCGACCCUUCCUCUUCGAGGCCUUGCCCCUCAUCCUGCAGUAUGAGGUCCAUUUCCAGGACGGCAGUGAGUGUGGGGGAGCUUACCUGAAGCUGCUCUCUGAGGACAACCAGCUGGACCUGAGACAAUUCUUUGACAAGACGCCGUUCACCAUCAUGUUUGGGCCGGACAUGUGCGGAAAGGACUAUACACUUCACUUCAUCAUUCGACACAAAAACCCGGUGACGGGGGGGUAUGAGGAGAAGCGAGCGAGGCAGCCAGACAUCGAUCUCCAGGAUUACUUUACAGACAAAAGACCUCACCUCUACACACUGAUUGUGAGACCCGACAACACUUACGAGAUGCUGAUUGAUGAGACCUCGGUGAGCAGAGGGAACCUCCUCCAGGACAUGACGCCUCCUAUCAAUCCCCCCAGAGAGAUUGAAGACCCUGAUCAUCACCAGCCCAAGGACUGGGAUGACAGACGUCUAAUCCCCGAUCCACAGGCAGUGAAGCCCCCAGACUGGGAUGAGGAGGCUCCACAAAAUAUUCCGGACCCCUUGGCAGUGAAGCCUGACGCCUGGCUGGACAAGGAGCCACAGUACAUUCCAGAUCCAAACUCAGAGAGACCAUCAGACUGGGACGAUGAAAUGGAUGGGGAAUGGGAAGCAGCCCGGAUCCUGAACCCUGUGUGUGAGAGCGCCCCAGGCUGUGGGCCCUGGAGACACCCAACCAUCCCCAACCCGGACUACAAGGGGAAGUGGAAAGCACCAAUGAUUGACAACCUCAAAUACAAGGGAAUCUGGAAGCCUCGAAAGAUUCCCAACCCAGAGUAUUUCGAGGACCCAACACCGUUCCGUAUGACGGGAAUCAGAGCUGUUGGCCUGGAGCUGUGGUCAGUGACGCCCAAUGUCCUGUUUGACAGUUUUAUUAUCUCCUCUGAUGAGGCUGUGGUAAAGCAGUGGAUACAGGACACCUGGGCCCUGAAACAGAAAGCCUAUCACGCUGCCAGACCGGGUGUGAUAAUGCAGCUGUUUUUGGCCACACACAAGAGGCCCUGGCUCUGGGGGAUUUAUGUCUUCACUGUCGCUCUUCCCGUUGUGCUGUUCAUCAGCUUCCGAUGGCCUGACUUGAGGUUUGGGCCCCCAGAUGAUUACUAUUACAAGAAGACGGAUGAGGUACAGCCUGACGAUGCAGAUCAGCAGCAGAGUAACAGGAGGGACUGCGGGGAUCCAGGUGAAAGCUCACACCUUCAGCAACAGGAUGCCGGCAGUAAAGGGACAAAGAGAAGAGGUGCCCGGCCAACAGUGAGAGCAGAUAAAGAAACCGCUGAGCAGGCAGGAGGGAGCAGCGAGACGGGUGAAGCGGAGACAGCAGCAGAGCCGACAAGACACCGCGCAAGACGGCCGGAGUGAUAGCGAUGAGCCGCGGGGAGUCACAUAAUCCCCAGAGAGACGAGUAUUUUACACAGAAUUCUCCACUGGGCAGAGCUUUUCAGAGACACUUCCUCCCCUUCCCCCACCCCCAACCUGGACACCUCAGUUGCCACUUUCUGUCAGUCACGCAGCUCAUCACAGACUGCAAUACAAUCACCCACAAAAUAUACAGUCAAUUCGCUUUACAAUAUAUUCUGUGAAGCAUUUCAGAUGUGUCAACAACGUGAUAAGGCGCUGUAUCAAACACAAGGAUUAUUAUUAUUAUUAUGAAUAUUAUUAUUAUGAUGUUGAAAGGGAGUGAUAGAAUGAAAUAAGGUACUUUGUUUUACUGAUGGCCUUGAAUCAGGCAGAGAAUUUACAAGUUUUUUCUUGACUUACGACCUUACUAUCCAUUCAUAUAAGUACCACAUUCCCAGGGAGUAAGCACGCAAGGUGAGUGUUACAGUAAUUUGGGACGUAGAGGACCAGAAAAUACUUUUGUGAGCCACUUGGACAAUUCCAAAGUGAGAAACAAAUUAAAAUCCAACAAAUAAUUGCA